AAUGGGCGCGGGGCUGUGCAGAGAGUAAUGUUACCAGCGCCGCGAGUGUGAGGAGGCUGCGUAUCGAUCCCGCGCUCAGCCAUUGCGGUGCACCGGGCUGCACAGCGACCCAGCCAGCGCUGGGGCCGGGCGGGCGGCCGCGGGAGCGUCUCUGGGGCUCGGGGCCGAGCGAGGGCUGCGUGCCGACUCUGUCUGACACGGAAAAUCAGCAAAAAUGGGCAAAGGUGAUCCUAAGAAGCCGAGGGGUAAAAUGUCUUCAUACGCCUUCUUUGUGCAAACCUGUCGGGAGGAGCACAAGAAGAAACAUCCAGAUGCGUCAGUGAACUUCUCAGAGUUCUCAAAAAAAUGCUCAGAACGAUGGAAGACUAUGUCUUCUAAGGAGAAAGGGAAGUUUGAAGAUAUGGCAAAGGCUGACAAGCUUCGUUAUGAAAAAGAAAUGAAAAACUAUGUACCACCUAAGGGGGAAACAAAAAAGAAGUUCAAGGAUCCAAAUGCACCGAAGAGGCCUCCUUCGGCUUUUUUCUUGUUUUGCUCUGAGUUUCGCCCAAAAAUCAAAGGAGAACAUCCCGGUCUGUCCAUUGGAGAUGUCGCAAAGAAACUGGGAGAGAUGUGGAACAACACCGCUGCAGAUGACAAACAGCCUUACGAAAAGAAGGCUGCUAAGCUGAAGGAGAAGUAUGAAAAGGAUAUUGCUGCAUACCGGGCCAAAGGGAAGGUUGAUGGAGGCAAGAAAGUAGUUGCCAAGGCUGAGAAGAGCAAGAAGAAGAAGGAAGAGGAGGAGGAUGAGGACGAAGAUGAGGAGGAUGAAGAUGAUGAAGAGGAGGAAGAAGAGGAGGAUGAAGAUGAUGAUGAUGAUGAAUAAGUCUCUUUUAGAGCAAUUUCUUUCUUGUCUAUAAAGCAUUUAACCCCCCUGUACACAACUCACUCCUUUUAAAGAAAAAAAAAAUUGAAAUGUAAGGCUGUGUAAGAUUUGUUUUUAAACUGUACAGUGUCUCUUUUUUUGUAUAGUUAACACACUACCGAAUGUGUCUUUAGAUAGCCCUGUCCUUAGUGGUAUUUCAAUGGCCACUAACCUUGCCUGGUACAGUGUGGGGGUUGUAAAUUGGCAUGGGAGUUAUAAAGCAGGUUCUUGUUGGUGCACAGCACAAAUUUAGUUAUAUUUGGGGAUGUAGUUAAUUUCUCAUCUUCAGUUGUCUCUGAUGCAUCAUAAAAAUAAUUGUUGUUCUGUUAACUGAAUACCACUCUGUAAUUGCAAAAAGGAAGAAAAAAAGUUGCAGCUGUUUUGUUGACAUUCUGAAUGCUUCUAAGUAAAUACAAUUUUUUUUAUUAGUAUUGUUGUCCUUUUAAUAGGUGCCCUUGAGAAUCAUACUUUUUUUUUCUCUCUUUUUUUUUUUUUUUUCUUUUUUUCUUUUGAGGGGAACUCAUCUUUUGCUUUAUUGAAAGCCCGUAUGGGAUCAUGGGAAUAUUACAGUUUUCAUCUUUCAUAUAACCAGCUGAUAAACAAAGCUUUGAUCUGCAUACCCUGCAUUAUCAUGAUAGGGUAAGAAAAGAAAUAUAUAGGCAUAUGAUGAAAAUAUUCUUCCAUAACUGGAAACAACAAAAAAUUCAAUCUCAGCAAAUGGAUACUUGUUCAGAUUUUUGUGAAAUGUAAUAUUCUAUUGCGUUGCAUGAGUUUACCAGUCUUGGAGAGUUGAGAAGUAUAAAGUUCAAUUUUACAGAAACUAAAUACUUUGGGGGGUGGGGAGGGAGGGAAUGUUAAAUUUUGUCCUAGAAGGACCCAUAGGAAGAGUGUAUGUCCAUCUGGUGUAGAGAAAUUUACACGUGUGACUCUGUUACCAUGUAAUGGAAGUUAUAUUUGUAAAUCUCUGAACACCUGGGAGUGAUGAGCGUACCUAAAAUGUGUAAAGUUAAAAGCAUGAAAUGACCAUAUUAUUUUUUGGUGACAGGUCUGGUGAUGGCCACGGGCUUUGUACCAUGAGACUCCUGGUAGCAAAGGGCCCACAAGAAAUGAUUUUUCUUUCUAAGAUUUCUAUAAAUGGUACCAUUAUUAUUUGUUAAAUCUAUGUAAAUUCAUAUUUGUAUUCUUGAAAUUCUAGUUUUAGCCCUUUAAACAAAGUUGUAUAUUGUCUCAAAUUGAAAAUGAGAUAAGAUGUAUUUUUCCUGUUAGGUUUUAUACCGCACUCUUGAUGUUUGCCCAUUUUUAAGUUAAAUAUAGUUGUAUGGAAAAGUACAUUUUAUUAAAUUUUGCAUUAAAAAGUUAAAUGUUUAUGGUUAUACCAACAAUGUCUAAUUUGGUCAAAUACAGUUCUCUUCCAAAACCAAAGCUAAGGGGUUUUUUGCAUAUUUAGUAAAACUUCAAGUGCUGGCAGCUGUAACUAUUUUCACAUAUACCUGCUUACCAGUUUGGGGGACAAUUCGGCAAUUUUGUGGUUUCAAAAUUAUGGUUCUCUUAAGUGCCAGUGUUUAAAAACAAACAAACAAAAAAGCAUUCUUGUAAUUUUACACGCUUUUGUGAUGGAGUAUUGUUUUGUUAUACAAUUUUGACUUUCAGAUUCUUAUUUCAAUUUGCAUUUAUGUAUAACUUCAGGAGAAAUAUUGAACAUCUGAAAUCCUGGAUGAUACUAAUAAACUAAUAAUUGCAGAGGUUUUAAA